UAAACAAAAGCAGGAUUGUUUUUUUAAAUCAGUGAACCAAGUUUUCAUCAUGAAUCUUGUUACAGGGCCAUGCGUCACGGAUGGGUGGUGUUCAAUGAUGAGAUGAACUGUAAACUAUGGGAUCCAUGUCUCGUGGGACAGAGGUUCACCCCCGCCCGUAGAAGCUCCCGUUUCGGCUCGGUGCCAAUCGUCCGAUGCAUCAACACCGGGAAGGGUAUCGUCUGUGUCUCAAUGGAUCCCCCCAAAAGAAAAAAGCCCCCCACCUCCCCGUCGAGGGAACCCAAAAAACCCUUCAGCCCCAGGGUGGAGCAGACGGUCACCAUGAAGGCGCCGAGCCUGUGCGAGACCCACAUCCUCGACCAUAUGAGAUGUAACUGUAUCGCCUGCAUGAACUUUGCCUGCAAGUGGCGCAACGCCAUGAAAGAACAGUUCCGGAACCAUUUCCGGGAACCGAACGCCGUCAGCCCCAAGCCACACCGCUGGACGCCCGGAAUCGCCCGAGCCAGUCCGGAAAAAGUUGUCAUGCCGUGCCCCGCGAAGAACAUCACCUUGGACGAGAGCGCGAUGAGACGAGGCAGGACGCUGAAGAAAGUGCGCUCGCCCAAAGUCUCGUGGUGGUUCGGGAACUACGCAUCGGAACCGGAAGUCCCGGAGUUCUCGCCGCCGGAAACGCUGCGCCAGAACCAGAAACAGUGCUGCAAAUUUUUCUGCACGGCGCGCAAGUCGUGUUUGAAAAACGGCACGGCAGCUUACAAGCCGCGCGAGGAAGAGAGACCAAGUUUGACGUCACAUCCGGGGGAUUUGACCGAAUCUCAGGACGGGUUUGAGGAAGUCGCCAUGGACGGGACGCUGCGAGAUUCUCGGCUAAAACAUUCCAAGCGCGUGUCCAUUGAUGACUUAGUUCUGGAUUCGGAUCUGGAUGAUGGGGCGUGGCCUAGGGGUCAGAGUUCACCGACAACGUGGCAGGAAAGAUACAGGAGACGGCAUCCACCCGCGCGAAGCUACGGUCGAUGUUGCACCGUGGGCAGACAACCCGCCAGUGACGACGACAACGAACUAGGGGACGUAACUACCAACUCGAUAGCCGGGAGUGAUCAGGACUUCCGGCCGAGAAAGACAGACUUCCGGCUGAGAAAGACAGACUUCCGACAGCCAGACUUUAGAAGCAUGUCGCGACUCCAUUCCGACAAUUUUAUGGACACGUUCCACAUGCCUAACUACAGUGAGUACCUGUCUCAUAAGUCCAAGGAUCGAGUCCGACCCUAUAGAACCAUUAGCGAGCCCAAAAAAUUCGGGAAAAUGACGACAUUGGGCGAUUUUGGAUUUGAUGAGCAUUCGGAGAACGAAAGACCCAAGCUUGUUGAUACCUCACAAGAUGAAGAUAAUUUUAAGGACUUAGGACAUCGUGAUAAGUUUAAGGACUUAGGACAUCGUGAUAAGUUUAAGGACUUAGGACAUCGUGAUAAGUUUAAGGACCUAAGGCAUACUGAUAUUUUUAAAGACCUGGGACAUCGUGAACAUUUUAAGGACCCAGGACAGUGUGAUAAUUUUAAGGACCUAAAACAUACUGAUAAUUCUAAAGACACUGGACAUCGUAAAAAUUUUAAAGACCUGGGACCUUUAGAUUUGGAGGACUUAGGACAUCUUGAUAGUUUUGAAGACCCUGGAGAGUGUGAUAAUUUUAAGGACCUAGGACAUCGUGAUCAGUUUGAACACGACAGCCCAAAGAAAGUAGGGGACGUAGAUCAGAUGUAUUUCACCAAAACCGAGGCGCGCCACCCUUUCAAGGAUGAGCUUCAGGGUGAGUCGAAGCACCGGGUGGAUGAGUUCAAAUCCGUGCCAGAAGUGUUGGGUUCACCUCCCUGCCCUUCGCCACCGGUCAAAGAGAAACGGGUGAUUCGCUUCAGCCCUGACGUUUAUGCUUCAGAAGAUGACGUCACGGAAUGGCACGAAGCCCAAGAAAGUUGGUCUUCACCUCGACAUCGCUGUGAUCACCACCACCACCACGACCACCAUUUUGGUUGUCGUAGCGACGACGCCGCCUUCAAAAAGAGCAAGAAGAAGCUGAAUUCGUCUAAAAACCGGAAACACUUAGAACACGCCGCGAUGCUACCGGAAGUGAAAUUUAAAAAUGCGUACAGAAGAAGUAGUUCUCAUAGCAGGGAGCGGGAUAUUCAUCAUCAUCACCAUGAAGGCAGUGAGAUGAUGCAUUGCAGGUCUCAUUGCCGCAGACAUUCCGACAGCUUCAAACACGUCCCAAAUUAUGAGGACGAGAGCAAUGACAACAAGUCGACGGGUCUUGGCGGGCGGGUGUUUGGUUUCAUCAAAGGUAUGAUAGGGUACGGGGACACGGUCGAGAAAACUACAACCAAACCUCAUGUUUGUAAACACCACACCGGUCCCCACCACUGUGACACACAUUCCCACACUCACCCUGCGAGAGGCGGGGGUUCAGGGCAGAUGAAAGAUAAACACAAAACCAAAAGGAAGCGACAUAGAAGAUCUUACCACGGAAACAACAACAACCAAAAAUUCUUGGACCCCGCGGAAAAUGACACUAAACAAAAGCGUCCUAUGUUGUCGGCGACCUUUCACCCCGUAAACUCAAAGCGAGGCAGGUCACUUAGUUACGAUGACCUAAUGCUCGCUGAAAGAAAAGACAGUACUGAAACCUUUUACACCAGAAGAAGCGACUCAAGAAUUUCAUCCCACAGCCGUGAAAACAAGCGCUGCGUCUCUGGGACAUACGCUGGGGGUGAUGGCGAAAUAUCGAACCGAAAUCAACGCGAAAAGUCUGAAGCAAUCGAAAUCUGUCAGGCAUCAAACGACCCCGUAUUGAUACCUAACGAGAAGAAAAAUUCAGAGUCUGAAAAGACCGGAAAAAAGGCAACAAAUUCCGAUUCUUUUGUGUCCGCGGGGGACAAAACCCCAUCGACGCAUACCAGCCGGUCACGGUUAGCCGGCGAGAAAAUAAAAACCGUGUACACCACCGCGUCCCCUCAGAAAACCGUGAGUCCGACCACGGCGCGCGCUAAUAAAAACGCCAGCUCGUGGAUGUAUGUCGAUGAUCACCAAUCCUCCACCGGCUCUUCAACACACGGCAGCAGACCUGCCGGAAAUUGCCGGCCUUUCUGCGCAUCGGAGCGCGUGUUGAGUGACGGGAGGGUGUGGACGGAGGGUGAGUGGCUGCAGAAGCACACGUCACUGAUGACGGAGUGCUCACGGGAGCAGGAGGCCAACGCACGGGCCCGGGUCCAGCGACUCGCCAACCAGACCCACCGGCUGAGGCAGUCGAUGAGGACGCUCAGCUUCGACUUUGGCGACAUCGAGAAAAGGCUCGAGAAGGUACGUGACCUCCAACAGGACUACAUCGUCAAGUCCAACAGAGCUGUCUACGACGCCCAGCGGCACCGCGGGGCAUGCCGGGAACACAACCACAACCGAACAUCAGAUUCGGACACCGAGUUCGGAUCUCGAGACAGCGUCACUUCACGCCAUGACGCACGAGCCAACUCGCGUCAGGAGAAUCGGUGUUUGGAUACGCGUGACGCAUCUUGCUGUCGUUAUAAAAAGAGUAACGAUUGUGAACUGAAGGAGUUGUAUAGUUAUUUUUUAACCAGCGAUGCGAGAGGGAACCCACACGAUGUAGAUCAUGUCCGAACUAGACCUCUUAGACAACACAAAACUCGGUAUCCCUACACGGAGAGUGUCGACUCCUCUACCAAUAACAUCCACGGUUUAAGUUCUGGAAGAGAAAAUAGUACUCACGCUUUAAAAGAAAACAACACGUAUUAUGGAAAAGAAGAAAGUGAAAAAGAUCGCAAGCUUGAAAAUCGGAAAACCCCGAUUUAUUUUGGCGAUUCGGAGAUGCGGAAUCAGGGAAAAGAAGUUUGCAAAAACGUUGAACAACCGGAAAUUACAUCACAUGACUUUCGGCUAACUGAUACCAAUACGGAUACAAAAGUCGGAAAAUCUAAUCAUAGACGGAAAACGGACGAUUCUACGCACCGUGAUUUAAAAAUUCGGACCGACCAAUUGACAGAGGUGCUGAAACGAAACAAUUUAAUUCUCCGUAAAUUAAACCUGGGUAUAUUCGCGCAGCCGGAUAAAGACACGAAAAAUGUCUGCAAUUUGAACAGACUCGGGAAAUUAGCGUCCAUUCGCGGGGAUUGUCUGGUCUGACUACAGACACCAACAGCAGACUUUUUGACUCGACAAAAGCAGACUUUUUGUCUGCUAUCACCCAUACGGUAGCUGACCGGUUUUUUUCUAACCGGAUUCCGCCUCAAACUGAACGAAAUGACCGACUGGAUUUUCCCCGCUCCUUUCAACAGCAGUAGAAAACCACUUAAAUGAUUUAUUCCUUAAGACAAAGGAGAAGAAUUUCCGAAAGAAUCGGCCCCUGGGGGAUUGUGGGAUAGAAUGGAU